AAAUAAGUAAUGUAAACAUAGCAGUAAUUACCAGGAAGCUCUACAUUUGUUUUAAAAUCACACUAAGAUUUUUAAAACUGGCCUCGGGUUAUUGAGAGAUCUGAUUUAGGAUUUACCCUCGUAGCAAGGUUGUUUUAUCAUGUGGUUUCAUUCGGGUCUCUAUUUAAAAAUAACACUGUCUUUGGCAGGAGAAAGGCCAGACUCGGAGGAACCAGAGCCAGGGACGUCCAAACUAGCAAGACGACACCACUGCUCCCAGUGUGGAAAGAGUUUUCACCAGAAAGCACACCUGAAAGCUCAUGAGAGAAUACACACAGGAGAGAAGCCUUACCACUGCUCCCAAUGCGGAAAGUGUUUCAACCAGUCGGGGGAGCUGAAACAACAUGAGAGAAUACACACAGGAGAGAAGCCUUACCACUGCUCCCAAUGUGGAAAGUGUUUCAACCAGAGAGUAAACCUGAAACAACAUGAGAGAAUACACACAGGAGAGAAGCCUUACCACUGCUCCCAGUGUGGAAAGAGUUUCAACCGGAAAGCAAACCUGAAAGCUCAUGAGAGAAUACACACGGGAGAGAAGCCUUACCACUGCUCCCAAUGUGGAAAGUGUUUCAACCAGUCGGGGGAGCUGAAACUACAUGAGAGAAUACACACAGGAGAGAAGCCUUACCACUGCUCCCAUUGUGGAAAGUGUUUCGUCCAUUUGGAGGUGCUGAAACAGCAUGAGAGAAUACACACAGGGGAGAAGCCUUACCACUGCUACCAGUGUGGAAAGGGUUUCAACCAGAGAGGACACCUGAAACUACAUGAGAGAAUACACACAGGAGAGAAGCCUUACCACUGCUCCCAUUGUGGAAAGUGUUUCGUCCGUUCGGUGGAGCUGAAACAACACGAGAGAAUACACACAGGAGAGAAGCCUUACCACUGCUCCCAAUGUGGAAAGAGUUUCAGCCGGAAAGCAUUCCUGAACCAACACGAGAGAAUACACACGGGGGAAAAGCCUUACCACUGCUCCCAGUGUGGAAAGCGUUUCAACCAUUCAGGGAAGCUGAAACGGCAUGAGAGAAUACACACAGGAGAGAAGCCUUACCACUGCUCCCAAUGUGGAAAGUGUUUCAACCAGCCGGGGGACCUGAAACAACACGAGAGAAUACACACGGGAGAGAAGCCUUACCACUGCUCCCAGUGUGGAAAGCGUUUCAGCCAUUCAGGAAAGCUGAAACGGCAUGAGAGAAUACACACAGGAGAGAAGCCUUACCACUGCUCCCAAUGUGGAAAGUUUUUCAGCCAGAUAGGAUACCUGAAACAACAUGAGAGAAUACACACGGGGGAAAAGCCUUACCACUGCUCCCAGUGUGGAAAGUGUUUCAACAAUUCAGGGACGCUGAAACGACAUGAGAGAAUACACACAGGGCAGAAGCCUUACCACUCCUCCCAUCCUGAUGCUGACGAGGCAGAGAAGAGUCUCUCCAGAUCAGAACACCAGAUGGACAACGCUAGCCCUUCCUCUCUCCCGGAGUCCCCGUGUCAUGCCUCUCCCGGAAACACCUUACUGCUGGGUAUGAAGAGGUUGUCUGUGCUGCUGGUGGACUGCAGGAAAACAACAGGGCUGAGUGGAACUGUGAGAGGAGGAGAAGAGAAGAAAGGAUCAGAUUUGACACAUCAAAGAGAAAGACCAGACUCAGAGGAACCAGAGCCAGGGACGUCCAAACCAGCAAGACGACACCAGUGCUCCCAGUGUGAAAAGAGUUUUAAACAGAAAGCACAACUGAAAAAACAUAAGAGAAUACACACAGGGGAGAAGCCUUACCACUGCUCCCAAUGUGGAACGUCUUUCGUCCAUUCGGCGGUGCUGAAACGGCAUGAGAGAAUACACACAGGAGAGAAGCCUUACCACUGCUCCCAAUGUGGAAAGUGUUUCAACCAUUCGGGGAUGCUGAAACAACACGAGAGAAUACACACAGGAGAAAAGCCGUACCACUGCUCCCAAUGUGGAAAGUGUUUCACCCGGUCGGGGAUGCUGAAACAACACGAGAGAAUACACACAGGAGAGAAGCCGUACCACUGCUCCCAAUGUGGAAAGUUUUUCAACCAGAGUGGACACCUGAAACAACAUGAGAAAAUACACACAGGAGAGAAGCCUUACCACUGCUCCCAAUGUGGAAAGUGUUUCAACCAUUCGGGGGACCUGAAACUACAUGAGAGAAUACACACAGGAGAGAAGCCUUACCACUGCUCCCAAUGUGGAAAGUGUUUCACCCGGUCGGGGAUGCUGAAAGAACAUGAGAGAAUACACACAGGAGAGAAGCCGUACCACUGCUCCCAAUGUGGAAAGUUUUUCAACCAGAGUGGACACCUGAAACUACAUGAGAGAAUACACACGGGAGAGAAGCCUUACCAUUGCUCCCAAUGUGGAAAGUGUUUCAACCAUUCGGGGGACCUGAAACGACAUGAGAGAAUACACACAGGAGAGAAGCCGUACCACUCCUCCCAGGGUGCAAACCAUUUGCCCAUUUAGGAAGCCUGAAAGAACACAUUAGACUGCACACAAAGGAGAAUGCUUAGAAAAGCUCAGACUGUGGGAAAACAUAUUACUCAUAAGUCACUUAAACGUCAUUAGAGAAUCCACACAGGAGAGAGAAAUUACUUCUCUUAGCGUGUAUGUUGAUAUUUCACUUCACAUUGACUUAAAAAUCAUCGGAGAACAUACACAGUGCUCCCGUUGUCUUAUAUUGUUGACUGACAAUGUGUUUACCUGUCUUUACCAUUUGAAAUUAAAUGGUACAGGGUAUACUCAAACAUAUAUUUGUUUGUUUCUAUUAGAAAACAUGAAGUGAAUAUGGAGUCUUUCAGUUUGAAUAUAAAGGAGAUCAGGUUCCUUGUUUUAAAUUGUCCUUUUUUAAAACUCUGUGUGUUUAUCUGGGUGUGUCAUUCCUCCAGCACUACAGAUAAUCAAGUGAUAUUUGGAUGUGAUGCAUUAGUUCCAUUGUUGACAUUUGCAUUGUUGGCCCACUGAUGAUUUAAUGAAAUGAAAAUGUUCAGACUCUGUAAUGGAAAAUGUUAAUUGUUUGUGUGUCCACAUAACUGAGUAUGUGACUAACCUUGUGAAACUGUCCUAUUAUAAGCUCCUGUUCUUGGGAGUAUAAUUCUGUGUUGCAAACCAAUUUGCACCUGUGUCCUUGUAUGAAUAAAGUCCAGCCCAGGAACAGGAAACUAUAAAGAUAUGUGCUCAUCACCCAAUGCUUCAGGAAUUCAGACUGUCUACACUGCGCUGUGUAACUCUGUUAUUCUCUCUGAGCUCAGAAAUAAAGAAUCUUGGUUUGA